AUGGAAACAGAUGAGGCUCAAGACAUGUCCCAGGUUUCAGGAAAGGAAAGUCCUCCAAUUAGUGAUGUUCCAGAUGAUGUAGAUGAGCCUAUGCCUGUACCAGAGGACCUGUCAACCAGUACUGGAGGACAACAGAGUGCUAAGAAUGAGAGAAUCUUGGCUGGUAAUAUUAAAAUAGAGACUCAGAGUGAUGAAGAGAAUGGGCGUGCCUGUGAAAUGAAUGGGGAAGAAUGUGCGGAGGAUUUACGAAUGCUUGAUACCUCGGGAGAGAAAAUGAAUGGUUCACACAAUGGCCCAGGCAGCAAGGCUAUGUCAGGAGUUGGAGGCAUUCGACUUCCUAACGGAAAGCUAAAGUGUGAUAUCUGUGGGAUAAUUUGCAUCGGUCCCAAUGUGCUCAUGGUUCACAAACGAAGCCACACUGGAGAACGCCCUUUCCAGUGCAAUCAGUGUGGAGCCUCCUUUACACAGAAGGGCAACCUUCUGCGCCACAUCAAGUUGCACUCAGGUGAAAAGCCCUUCAAGUGCCACCUGUGUAACUAUGCCUGCCGCCGCAGGGAUGCCCUUACGGGACACCUGAGGACACACUCGGUUGGCAAACCCCAUAAGUGUGGAUACUGUGGUCGCAGCUAUAAGCAGCGCAGCUCUUUGGAAGAACAUAAAGAACGAUGCCAUAACUACCUGCAAACCAUGAAUAUCUCAAGCAGCCUUUAUUCAGUCAUAAAAGAGGAAACUAACCAGAGUGAAAUGGCUGAAGACCUGUGCAAGAUAGGGUCAGAAAGAUCCCUCGUGCUGGAUAGACUAGCAAGUAACGUCGCCAAACGUAAGAGCUCUAUGCCUCAGAAAUUUGUUGCACUUAUGAACCAGGUCAUUACACGACCUGGACAGGCUCUUGGAGUUGCCUUAAAAACCUGA